AUGGCACCCAAUCGCCAACCCCCUUAUCAGCAUUCCUAUCAUCUGGAUACCGACAGCUGCAGAUUGUUCUCAGAAGGUCACCCUCUUUGGAUUCCUUCGUAUGGAAGGAGUAAUAUAAACUUCGAUGCUCGGAUUCCAGACACGGAAGAUUUCGAAAUCGAUUGGCCUAUUCUAGAUAAAUACGCUGAUGAUCUUGAUACCGAGAUCUAUCAAACCACUGUUCCCCAGGCGAGUUAUAACAAGAGAACGGCGCACUACAAUAAACCACAUAGAGCUAUUCAUUCGGCCCAGAGAACCGAAUCACGACCUUUCCUCAAUACUACCUCUAAGCAAGCCUUACUUCCAAGACCAAAUGCAAAUGCAAGAUCUUGUUCUACACCCGCACCUCUAGUAUUGUCAAUGAGUGCCUUCAAGCGAGUCAACCUCCAAGUCCCCCCAGCCCCCCCGCCAUCUCCUACUUUAACUCCUCCACCAUCCCCACCAUUUUGCCCAUUGUAUGAGGAAUAUCAGACUUUGGGAGUUUUCGACAUCCCAGCGAUUAGUAUCCCAAGACCAGCUAUCAGGGCAGCUAUUCCCAGAUCUCCGGAGUUCGUAACCUACUGUUCUUCUGAUUCAAACUCCACGGAUGUUGAAGAAGACGAAAGAGAUUUUGGGACAGACACAUCUUCGUGCUAUCUAGUAGAAACUUUGGACGACUAUGAUUCAGCUCCUCCACCACCUUCGAUUCAAUUAUAUCGAACAACAAGCCAACCGGGAAACUCGCUACAGAUCCCGAGGCAUAUCAUGAGUACGACUACCCUUUGUCCAUCGAGAUCUUCUCCAUCUACACCAAGUGUAGAAAAAUCCCUCGGAAAGAGCCUUCUAGCAUCCUCUUUCUUCGAAUGGGACCCCGAACCAGAGUUACCGGCUCCGACACAAUGGGGCAGGUUCAAGAAUUCGAGAUAUCGGAAUUCUAGAAGAGGCUCCGAUUCUGACGAGAGCCAUUCCAGCAAAAGUAGCGUCAGAGAGAAAGCCGAGCGCCUUCGCAGGAAACUCGAAAGUGUAUUUGGAAAAAGAUAA